AUGAUGAUCAUGGACUUUUACCUCUCCUGGUGUGUGCUGCUUCUUGCCAACUUCACAUCUGCCUUCGCUGGUCAGAACCAGAAGUUCGGCAACCAGAACCCAUCGUCAAUGGCCAGCAUCGCUCCUCCGGUCCUCACAUCGACAAUAACUGUGACCCCAAGCGUCUCGACCGUUACCGUCACCCCCACUGUCGCUCCCACGUCCCUAGUCCAAAACAUCUUGCCAACCACCAUCACUGUCACCGUGAGCGGUAGCAACACCGGCCCCGACAUCCCUCCCUCCCCAUCAGCUGGUACUCAACAACAACCACCACCCGCCUCACCGAGUAGCCCCUCCCAUGGCCCCCCCGGGGCAGCCCCGUCUCCCGUCCAAAACGCCCAGCCCAUCCCUUACAAUUGCGCCAGCCCCGUGCCCGGCCUCUCCCCUGAGGACUGCACCUACCUUUCGACCAUCGGCUUUGCCUCUCAGGGCCAAAACGCCCACUCAGCCGCCUCUGGAACUGCAGGCAUCUACCUCGGCUCCAGCGGUCCCAACACCUUCUCCUUCAUCAACGGGGCCUCAGUCCCUCUGAUCCUGGUCGUCUGGUACAACCCCGUUGAAGACGCACAGUCCUCGUUCAUGGACGCGCGCACGCCCAAGAUCACGUACUCGCUCCCCGCGCAGGGUAGCGCGGUGGUGGUGUCGAUCGAUAACGAAGUUCCUGGCGGCUGGUCGACGCUGUACAACUACACGACCACGCUGACGGAGUACGGGCAGGUGAACAACACGUUUGGCGAGUUCAGCACAGGCAUAUUUGCCACGACGGAUGUGAGCCGGCUGGUGAAUAUGCAAGGACAUCCGAUGACGCUGGUGGUCAGGGGCAGCGGGUGUCGGUCGGAUAUGCAGACUUGCGUGUAUAUGUGCGCUGAACCAGGCGUGGUAACGUGCGGGAGGGAGAGGAGUUACAGGCUGGAUAAUUGCCAGGGGCAGCCGGGGGCGGUGGUGAGUAGUGAUGCGGAAGGGAAUCCGUCGGGUGGGUGCCAGGGUUGGAGUAAUGGGGGACAUGUGGAUGUUAUUUUCACUUGA